AGGACAACUUACAAGGGGUGCCCCCUAUUCGCUCAUUGCCGUUUCGACUACAUUAGGGGUAAUACGCGAGCUCGUAACUCGAUAUAGUCUGCGUGAGUUUGCGAUAUCGUUUUUGGAGUUGAACUUUCGGCAUGUUUUGAUUAAAAUGACGUCAGAAAGUGGGAGCAGUUCUUUUUGUUUCUGGCUCACAUUGUUGUCCAAGUGAGCUGGGCUUAUACAGGAUUUAUACAUCAAUUUGGCAGCCAACAAAGGAUGUACAUGUAUAUCCAUUCUAGACUAGAAUGACGAAGCUGUCUUCUUAAUUAUGACGUCACCAAACUAUGUCUCAUCUCGACAGCAUUAAAGGACGUUAUAGAGAGUUUAUCGAGAGAGGGCGUGUGUUUUCUCUCUUCGGACGAGUGAAUUUUAAAGGCUCCGUCAUGUUUCAUGCCGAUCUUUCUCAGUUGUUCCCCUGGAUGCUAGCCAUCUUCACCGUGCUGGGACUAAUCGCGUGCUGUGCAUGGUUUUACAAAUGCCUCAAGAAAUGCAACGACCGUUGUUCACUCCUCCGUACACAGCACAGCAUAAAUCACGGGUCACAAUCGUCAAGACCAGACCCUCACGACUUCUACCAAGUCGGAGCCUACAGAACACGACCAACAGGGAGCGUGCACGUCGCAUCGACGUCGCUUUCGACGCCGCUGGUCAGUACGAUGAGGGAAAGUUACGCGUACCGCGGACCGUUCGCUCUCAAAACGCACUAUCCACCAUACGCGCAUCUCGCACCGCCGCCGUCGUACGACGAGGCGAUGUCGUCGCCGAGUGCCGCAUCGCCAACAGCAUUCGUGGUCAACGUCGGACAGGCUUCGGCCCAGGAAACGACUGAAAUGGAAGCGACGGAAGAGGCUGGCAAUGAAGUUGAGCAGAUUGUUGAAGAGGAAGAAGAAGAGGUAUCUAUAGAUGAGAUUAAUGAUGACGAUUUAGCUCGUCUAACUGAGGCUUCGAGUGGCCAAAGCGAACACAGGCAUCGAGAAAAUAACUUAUGAUGAUUGCCUUGAUAUCCAAACAUGAUAAGUAUGAAUGAGAACUGUAUCGAACAAUAUAUCCGCAGCCAAUUGCAAGUACGCCACUAAUUGAAUUUCUUAUUUACUUGCUGCUAUAUUAGGUAAACCUGACACAUGACGAAUAUGCCUCGAUAUCCGUCACACGAAGGUCGGCGAACGAUACUUCGAUACGACUCUCAAGAUAGCAAUAAUUCGAACGCGAUAGCUUUUUUUCACCAAUGGGCCAAGAAUUUAUUUGAGAGUCAAGAAAGAAUCGGUUGCUGAUGUGACAAGGAGGGAUAACAUAUGCAUCGACAACAAAAAAAACUUAAUUCGAUGUCGGCGUCGUUCUAGACAAUGCACUGAUGCAUUUUGCGUGUCUAUCGAAGGUUUAUUCACGGUUGCAAAUUAAAAUGAUUCUAUUGACAGAAAUGACGAUCUGAUCAGAAUGAUCAAAACCUUAUUAUUUUACAAUAAUAUGGUAUAUAGGGCUAUUGCGGGGCCUAUUGGUCUUGUAUGUUGGGAUUGGGCUUAAACGCGCUGACAUAGCCAAGGAAGAAUGUACCCGUCUUAACUCACAAACUUGC